AGCUAGCCUAGCUGCGCUCACAACACGUUCAGCGGUAGCCGCUAGCCGUAUUGCUGUGUUAGUCUUGUUUAUAACACGAUUCUGAAGAGAAGACGAACAUGCCGGUUCUUAACGCAAAACCAGACGUUGUGUUUGAAGAAGAUGAUUUGCCAUACGAAGAAGAAAUAAUACGGAAUCCAUAUUCCGUCAAGUGCUGGAUGAGAUAUAUUGAGCACAAACAAAAUGGACCCAAGUCCGUACUUAAUAUGAUAUACGAACGAGCGCUUAAAGAGUUGCCUGGCAGUUACAAGUUGUGGUACAACUAUCUGAGAGAGAGGAGGAAGCAAGUUAAAGGAAAAUGCGUAACAGAUCCAGCAUAUGAAGAGAUCAAUAACUGCCACGAGAGAGCGCUGGUAUUCAUGCACAAGAUGCCGAGGAUAUGGCUGGAUUACUGUCAGUUCAUGGUGUCCCAGCGCAAAAUCACACGGAGCCGUCGGACGUUUGACCGUGCGCUCAGGGCCCUGCCCAUUACCCAGCAUUCCCGGAUUUGGCCCUUGUACCUCACCUUUGCUCGAAACCUACCCCUGCCUGAGACCGCCAUUCGUGUUUACCGCAGGUACCUCAAGCUUUCUCCAGAGAACGCGGAGGAGUACAUUGAUUAUCUGCGCUCUGUUGGCCGUCUGGAUGAAGCAGCAGUCCGCUUAGGGGCUGUGGUCAAUGAUGAAAACUUUGUCUCAAAGGAGGGGAAGUCAAACUACCAGCUCUGGCACGAGCUGUGCGACCUCAUCUCUCAGAACCCGGACAAGGUGACCUCGUUGAACGUGGGCGCCAUCAUCCGUGGUGGGCUCACUCGCUUCACAGACCAGUUGGGCAAGCUGUGGUGCUCCCUGGCCGAUUACUACAUCCGCAGCGGCCACUUUGAGAAGGCGCGGGAUGUGUACGAGGAGGCGAUCCAGACGGUGGUCACCGUCCGAGACUUCACGCAGGUGUUUGACAGCUACGCCCAGUUUGAGGAGAGCAUGAUUGCUGCCAAGAUGGAGACCACGUCGGAGAUGGGAAAUGACGAGGACGAUGACAUCGACCUGGAGUUGCGCUUGGCGCGGUUCGAGCAGCUCAUCACCCGGCGGCCGCUCUUACUGAACAGCGUGCUGCUGCGGCAGAACCCGCACAACGUUCACGAGUGGCACAAGAGGGUCAAACUCUACGAGGGCAACCCUCGACAGAUAAUCAACACCUACACGGAGGCCGUACAGACAGUGGACCCCGUGAAGGCCACGGGGAAGCCCCACUCCCUCUGGGUCGCCUUCGCCAGGUUCUACGAGGACAACGACCAGCUGGAUGAUGCCCGGACCAUCUUUGAGAAAGCCACCAAGGUUCAUUACAAGCAGGUGGAUGACCUGGCCGCAGUGUGGUGCGAAUACGGAGAGAUGGAGCUGCGGUACGAGAACUACGACCAGGCCCUCCGCAUCCUCAGGAAAGCCACUGCCAUCCCCUCAAGGAAAGCGGAGUACUUUGACGCAUCAGAACCGGUGCAGAAUCGAGUGUACAAAUCACUGAAGGUCUGGUCUAUGCUAGCAGAUCUGGAGGAGAGUCUCGGCACGUUCCAGUCAACAAAGGCAGUGUAUGACCGCAUUAUCGACCUCCGUAUCGCCACACCUCAGAUCAUCAUUAACUAUGCCAUGUUCCUCGAGGAACACAGUUACUUUGAGGAGAGCUUCAAGGCGUACGAGCGUGGCAUUGCGCUCUUCAGGUGGCCUAACGUCUAUGACAUCUGGAACACGUACCUCACCAAGUUCAUCGACCGCUACGGAGGCAAGAAGCUGGAAAGAGCACGGGACCUGUUUGAGCAGGCUCUGGAUGGGUGUCCGGCCAAGUUUGCCAAAACCAUCUACCUGCUGUACGCCAAGCUGGAGGAAGAGUUUGGCCUAGCCAGGCACGCCAUGGCCGUGUACGAGAGAGCCACGCAGGCUGUAGAGGCCGAAGAACGCCAUUACAUGUUCAACAUCUACAUAAAGAGGGCUGCAGAGAUCUACGGGGUCACCCACACCAGGUCCAUCUACCAGAAAGCCAUCGAGGUCCUUCCAGAUGAGCAUGCCCGAGACAUGUGUCUGCGCUUUGCUGACCUGGAGAGUAAACUUGGGGAGAUCGACCGGGCGAGGGCCAUCUACUCCUACUGCUCCCAGAUGUGUGACCCCAGGAUGACGGCCAAUUUCUGGCAGACGUGGAAGGAGUUUGAGAUUCGUCAUGGAAACGAGGACACGAUCCGCGAGAUGCUGCGCAUAAAGCGCAGCGUCCAGGCAACCUAUAACACACAAGUCAACUUCAUGUCCUCGCAGAUGCUCAAAGCGACCAGCAGCGCCACAGGCACGGUGUCAGACCUGGCCCCGGGUCAGAGUGGUGUGGAUGAUAUGAAGAUGUUGGAACAGAAGGCCCAGCUACUUGCUGCAGAGGCUGAACAGGACAAACCCAAACCCAAAGAGAAGAUCCUCUUUGUCAGGAGUGACGCGUCUCGUAGUGAACUUGCGGAACUGGCCAAGCAAGCCAACCCAGAUGAAAUUAACAUUGAUGAUGAGGAGGAGGAUGAAGACGGGGAUGAGGAACCAGACGAGGUACAGCUGGAGCAGAAGAGCGUCCCCACUGCCGUCUUUGGAGGGCUGAAGGAUGAGUGAAAGAUCACCAUUGAUGUUUUUGGCCACAAAUAAUGCAUCAUGGGUGUGAAAUCCCCUGUCCAGAAACAGAAGAUAUUUGCAAAAAAAAACAAAAAGGCAAAUGACUGGUCUGACGUGGUCAAGCCUUUGUGGACUUUGUAAGGUUGAGGUUAAAGAUUGUUGUUUUUCAUCUGUGCUGGUGUCCAGCAUUUUCAAAGUACCAGUUCAGAACACAAGAUGUCGCUCUUUCUCACAUUCACAAUUUACACAAGUUAGACUGGACACUAAAAUGUCACAUUUUUAAACACCAGUAAUGUUUGUUCUCUCUCUGCUUAUGUAAGACUAAUGAACUACUGCUACAUUACUAAACAUAAUGCGUUUUGGACAAGAUCUUCAGCACAGAAAUCAGGUGCCAGAGCUUGGCUUGCCAAGACUUGCAGUAUGCAAAACUGAAACAGUGGGGAGUUGGAAUACAUACAUGUGUGUGCCGAUCGUUGUGGGAUUGCUGUCAGCAGUAAUACGUUUUCGUUGUCAGCCUUCGUUUUUACUGCACACCAUUCCAUUCAUGUGAAAAUGGAAUUUAAUUUGAUGAAACUAUACCUUGAGAACGUUUUAAUGUGUCUUGUUUAUUCACCAGGCAUUUCUUUUAGAAGAUGCUAAAUCUCACAGAAUAAACAAAAAAAGUCACGUUCUCCCAUAAUUGGAUUAUCAUGGUUAAGUGAGCCAGUCCUACGGCGGUUAAAUUGUUGGUACAGGCGCAGUCUUCCUGACGACGUCCAAGGACAUAUGAGGUGGAGUUGAAAAUUAGGAUCUAGGGUACAGUAACUGCCUACAUUACGGCUUUAUUUUAACUUUCAAAAAUUGGAUUAUUUACGGUAAAACGGUUUAUUUUUCGUACGCAUUUCCCACUUAGAUAAAGUAAAACUCGGGACAGUUUCACGAAAUAUUUUCUAAUCUUUACAUGCAAAGUUGUCUAUUCCAGCGAAUUCAAGUGUUAUUAAAAUUCCGAGGUUAAUGCAGCCCUGAGUUUAGAGGCACUAUUUGUUACAAUAAAUGUGGAAUCAAGUCAUUCUAAUCAUGUCUGAAAUUUCAUAAAUAUACUUUUUGUAGGACUCAGGGUAAGUCACUCGGCGAUUUUCACAAAAUAUGACUGACAAACAACAGGAUAAAUUACUUUCAGGAAAACCCUUCUUAAAGACUUAAAGUGUUAAAUAAAUGGAGAAAUUUGA